CCUAAAAAUACAGCGCUCGGUAGCGGACUGCUGGCUCCGCACGCCCGAAUUUUCCGAGGGGACGACGCCGGCGGCCGAAGCGGCGUCCGGCGGCAGGGCUGCGUCUGCGGGGCGCCCUCGCUCCGUCCCGCCGGGGUCUUAACCGCAGGUUCGCCUCGCUAGCCGUCGUUUACCCUCGCGAGCUAAAAGCAGACGGUGGCGUUGAGUCUGUCUAAAACGGUCACUUUGCUUCAUCAGCACACGGGCAACGGCGGAUAACGCCUCCUCUGGUAGCGAGACGUGAAGCUUUGCCAUAAGUACAGAGAGCUGUGCAGGAGCCACACGGAGCGCUGUGCAACCGCACCGAGGUCGUCAUGAUGCUGGUGGUCGUCCUGCUCCUCCUCCACGUGUGCGGCUCCGCACGCGGCAGGUGUUUUUGCCAGGUCACUGGAAACCUGGACGACUGUGCCUGUGACGUAGAGACCAUCGAUGGCUUCAACAACGACCAGCUCUUUCCCAAACUUAAAGCUCUCCUGGAGUCUGACUACUUCCGGUUUUACAAGGUGAACCUGAACAAGCCGUGUCCGUUCUGGAAGGCCAGCAGCCACUGCGGCCUGAGGGACUGCGCCGUGAAGCCCUGCUCUCCGAGCGAGGUCCCACAGGGGAUCAGAUCGUCCUCCCACAACAAGUAUUCAGCUGAGGCAAACAAGCAGCUGGACGAGUGUGAGAGAGCUCAGCGUCUCGGAGCUGUGGACGUCUCCUUAAGUGACGAGACCAAGGAGGCUCUGCUGGACUGGAGCAAACACGACGAUGAGGCAGAACGCUUCUGUGUGGUCGACGACGAGGAUUCACCAGAUUCCCAGUACGUCGACCUCCUGCUGAACCCGGAGCGCUUCACCGGCUACAAGGGCCCAGAGGCCUGGCAGAUCUGGAACAGCAUCUACGAGGAGAACUGCUUCAAGCCAUAUAGUGUUAAGCGACCACUACAUCCUGACUCCUUCCAUGGCGGCUCAGGGGGCGAAGCCAGGACCUUCUACAGCUGGCUGCAAGGUCAGUGUGUGGAGAAGAGAGCCUUCUACCGCCUCGUCUCAGGCCUCCAUUCCAGCAUCAACGUGCACCUGAGCGCCAGAUACCUCCUGGAAGACAACUGGUUUCAGAAGAAGUGGGGCCAUAACGUCUCUGAGUUCCGGCAGCGCUUCGACUCGGACCUGACGGCCGGCGAGGGCCCGAAGCGGCUCCGUAACCUCUACUUCCUGUUCCUGAUCGAGCUGCGGGCGCUGGCGAAGGUGCUGCCGUUCUUCCAGCAGCCGAGCUUCCACCUGUACACGGGCAGAGCUGAGGAGGACGAGAAGCAGAAGGAGCAGCUGCUCCACAUCCUGCAGCUGGCGAGAUCUUUCCCUUUGCACUUCGAUGAGACAUCUCUGUUUGCUGGCGAUGAGAAGGAAGCAGCCAAGCUGAGGGAGGACAUCAGGCUGGCCUUCCUCAACAUCUCCAGGAUCAUGGACUGCGUGGACUGCUUCAAAUGUCGGCUGUGGGGGAAACUGCAGACUCAAGGAUUAGGCACAGCCCUGAAGAUUUUGUUUUCAGAGCGACAGAUUGAAGCUUUGCCCUUGUCCAGCGGCCAGCGACCCAGUUUCCAGCUCAGCCGACAGGAGGUGGUUUCUCUGUUUAAUGCUUUCGGAAGGAUUUCCACCAGUGUCAGAGAGCUGAAGAACUUCAGGUCGCUGCUGGCAGAGGAGCGGUGACGACUCACAGUCUGUUUGUGACCUAAAAUCUGGACAGCUGAUUUUUGUUUUCUCCUUCUGAGAAUUUUGCAUUAAUUCAUCUUCAUAAUUAAUACAGAAAUAAUAAUACAGAAAUAAUAAAUAAUAGCUUGAUGCUAAAAGCAUUGGAGACGUUUUACAAGUAACAUACUACUGAAGAAACAGUCAGGAUUUUUACAUUAUGUCAAAUACGACAUCUUUGUCUUUUUUUCUAAUGAAACUCCAGUUGAAAUGAAACUUGAUUUGUUUUGAUAUUUCUGAAAGUGUUUUUUGAAUCAUUUACCGUAGUUAUGUGCAGUAAAGGGCACUGUGGCCAGUCCCUGUGUCUCUGUAACUGUCCUGAAGGUGGCGCUGUUUCUACGGAUAAUUGUUUAUUUUUAUUGUUUUUAUAAUUCAGUCAGUGAACUAAAUAUAAUUUUAGUUGCUCUGUAUUUUCUUCAGGGAAAAUAUGACAACUGUGUGCUGUCCUUAAAAAUAAUAUAUUUUCAAGUUUAAAGUGUGUGUUUAUUUAACUUUCAAAAUGAGAAACAUGUCAAUGAGGAUAAUAUUUACAUUACUCUUACUGACAUUACGUGACUUGGCGCUGUAUUAAAAUAAAUAAAAUUGU